AUGGAGAGCGUGCUGCUGUCCUGGGCAGGUGGCGACCCCUGUGGCCAAGCCGCGCAAGCAGCGCAGGCUUGGUUCCAGUGGCUCGCGCCUGGCCAUGGCAGGCAGCAACAACUGCGCCGCCUGCCGUUGCAGAGCGGCGGCCCUGGAUGCUGCCAGGACCUGGCAGCCUGUACGCCUACGGCCGGCCUUCCCAACGGAAAGCCAGCUUUUACACUUCCGACAAGCCCGACUGCCCGCACGGCUUUUGCUCCGGGGCACCAGCACGGCCAAGGAAGUGCGACCACUGCGUCCGGUGCCGCCACUGGGCGGGACCCGGACGUUUCCCGGCGCGGUGAUGCUGUGCACGAGGCGGCGAGCCUCGAGGAUUUCGAGCCGUGGAUGGCAGGGCUCCUGCAGCACACCGCGCGGGAGGGUGCCAUGGAGGCCUUUGCCGGCCAGGUGCACGACCUGCAGCCCGAACUAGCCACGCCCAAAGCAUCGGUGCGCCCGAACCCGUUGCUGGAAGCAACACCGUCCACCGAAUGCCCUGAGGAGGAUUACCAAACCGACAUUUCCGCCGUGGCCGAGGUCUGCGCCGGUGCAGAAGGCAGUGGAGAAGACUUCCAAGUUUGGAAGCUGGACAGCGGUCUCGACUGCUUGCCUCCGGAGUGUGCUGAAGGAUUGUCUUCGUUCCUUACUGCGAAAGACUCGGGCCGACUCUGGGCCACCCGUCGGCAGCAUCCUACAAAGGCCCUCGCCCGGAUCUUGAGCAUGCCGGUGGAGAGGCGCUGGGCCAUGGGGAAGCUCGAGGAAGAACUUUCGGCAGAGCAGUGGGUGGCUGCAGGCAUUGAAACCCGCCACAUGACGGUGGGGCGAGCCGAGUACAAUCUGCUGGGCGUUCGCUACAUUGUUUUGGAGACUGGGUCGAUACACGAUGGCUGGAACGAGUAUUUGGGUUCUUAUAUCUUUUUGGCAGAAGUGCUCUACCGUGACAUCUCCCACUGCCUCUCGGUCUGCUGUUGCCCGGCCGCUGCAAGUGAGACGGCGCAGGAGAUACUAGCAUGA